AUGAAAGUCCAUUAUAUUAAUAUAUUAUUGUUUGCUCUUCCAUUAAAUAUAUUGGAACAUAAUAAAAAUGAACCACACACCACACCACAUCAUCCACCAAAUACCAGGCUAUUAUGCGAAUGUGAAUUAUAUUCACCUGCCAACUAUGAUAGUGAUCCCGAAAUGAAAAGGGUAAUGCAACAAUUUGUGGAUCGUACAACACAACGAUUUCACGAAUAUGAUGAAAGGAUGAAAACUACACGCCAAAAAUGUAAGGAUAAAUGUGACAAAGAAAUUCAAAAUAUUAUAUUAAAAGAUAAAUUAGAAAAACAAAUGGAACAACAAUUAACCACAUUAGAAACAAAGAUAGAUACCAAUGAUAUACCCACAUGUGUUUGCGAAAAGUCGUUAGCAGAUAAAACAGAAAAAUUUUGUCUGAACUGUGGGGUGCAACUAGGAGGUGGUGUGUUGCAAGCUUCGGGUUUAUUAGGAGGAAUUGGUCAACUUGGGCUAGAUGCAUGGAAAGCAGCCGCGUUGGUAACUGCUAAGGAACUUGCCGAAAAAGCCGGUGCAGCUAAGGGUUUGGCUGAAGGUAAUGCCCAUGGUAUGAAAAUAGUUAUUCAUCAUUUAAAAGAAUUGCAUAUAGAUAAAUUAGUUCCUGGAAUAUGCGAAAAAAUUUCUAGUACAGGCCAUUAUGCUAAUAUUACAAAUUUUGCUAAUACUAUUAUUCAACAACGUGGGACGAUGUGUGGGGCGUCGGGGAAAAAUCUUGGUAAGGAUAUGUGCACAAAAAUUAGUAUUAAGUUAGGUACACUUAAACCAGAUGGUAUUAGACCAGGUCUUCCAGACAAGGAUGCUGUAACAAAAGUGUUAAACGGACUUGUUGAACAAGCUGAUAAAGCUGCUGCUCACGUUACCAAGACUACUAGUGAAAGUGUUACUGCUGCAAUAAAAGCUCGAGAGACCGCUUUGAUAGAAGGUAGAUUUGAAAGUUCCAUUACUUCUAUAAAUGCUUCGAUUAUUGCAAUUAUAGUAAUAGUUUUAAUUAUGGUAAUUAUUUAUUUAAUUUUACGUUAUAGACGAAAAAAAAAAAUGAAGAAAAAACUCCAAUAUAUCAAAUUAUUAGAAGAAUAG